GCCAAAAUGAUCGCCGUGCUGUUGAUUUGCUUCGUGGCAGUUCUUGGUGCAAUCGCGCUCUGGUUGCAGCACCGCAUCAAGUUCAAAUCGCUAAGGGGAAUUCCUACCGUGGAACCGUGCUAUCCACUGGUGGGAAAUGUUCCGAUUGUGGUUGGGAAAAGUGAAGAGCAGCUGUUCUCGAUCGUUGCACAUCAGGUGUUAAAGUAUGAUCGAUUGUUCAAAGUUUGGGUUGGACCGAAGCUGAUGCUGGCCACCAGCCAUCCGGAUUUGAUCUACCAGGUCGUGAACCACCCGCAGUGUUUGGAGCGACCGUUUUUGUAUGGAUUCUCCGGAUUCACCAAGGGAAUCUUCUCGACGGAUUGGAAAUUGUGGAAGCUGCAAAGGAAAGCUCUGAACCCAGCGUUCAACGCGCUUGUGCUGAACAACUUUGUGCCGAUAUUUGAAGAGUGCAGUCGAAGGAUGGUUCAAAACAUGCUGAGUCAUGCCGAUGGGUCAACGGGAGUGAAUAUCCUCAAGUUCACCUCGAUUUGUACGCUGGAAAUGAUCUGUGCAACUUCUCUGGGAAGUGAUGUGAUGCAACGGCCGGGAAAGGAAGAGUUUGUGCAUAGCAUUGAAACAGCUUUCAACUGUGCUUCGAGAAGGAUGUUCAAACCAUGGCUGUAUACUGAUAUUACCUAUCGAGUGACGAAAGAUUAUAAAGAUCAGCAGAAAGCUUGGGGAGUUAUUUGCGACUUUUUCUCUAAAAUCAUUGAAGAAAAAAAGCAACUCAUUCGCGUUGAAGACCACAAUCACAAUGUUCAGGCACUUGCGGAUAACAAGAACGACACCGAAGAUCGAAAGCCCAAGAUAUUCAUCGACCGACUGCUGGCGGAAACCCGCGGGGGAGUCCCGUUCAGCGAUCAGGAAAUUUUCGACAACACUUAUCACAUUAUCACUUUGGGAAACGACACCUCAGCGCUGGAAGUGAUGCAUGCUUCGCUGUUUCUGGCCAUGUAUCCGGAGAUACAGUGGAAGGUUUACGACGAGUUCAUUCAAGUUUUUCCGUCGGAAGAUUCCGAGAUCACGGCUGAAAGCUUAAACCAGCUGGAGUAUUUGGACAUGUUUCUCAAGGAAUGCCUUCGACACUGUCCAACGGCGGCAAACAUUGCUCGAACUACGAUAACGGACAUUGAGUUGGACGGGAUGACAGUUCCUGCCGGAACGGACAUAAUAUUGAGCUUCUAUGGUCUACAUCACCGGAAAGACGUUUGGGGUCCGGACGUGGACAAGUUCGAUCCGGAGAAUUUUAAGCAGGAACGUAUAUCCAAAGGUAUGUCGUUGGUAACCGCAAUCUGGAUGGAAUCGUUCCGGAUCGAAGUCGGUUACGGUGUCACCCCACAAAUCCGCUCGGCGAUGCAGGGCGUAGAACGAGAUCAGGAACAUGGUGCCCGCUGGGAUCCGCCGUCCGUCGAUGGACACGGUUCGGAUGGUUUCUCGUGCAAUGUUCGGGAUUGUCGGACAGAGUCGGAGUGUUUCCUUCAGCACCAUGUCGAGAUAUCCAAAGGAAUGCCGCGACUUGGCCCGAUCCUGAUCGAAGUUCUCCGGGUCGAACUCUUCCGCCGAGUCUCCCCAAAUAUCGAUUCGACGAUGAAGCGCGUAAAAGGACAUCAGCAUGAUGGUACCUUUGGGAACGACUGUUCCAUCAACCAGAACGUCCUGAAGCGCUUCCCGGGCAAUAUUUGGUGCUACCGGGCAAAGUCGGAGCGUUUCCUUGAUUACCAUCUCGAGGUACACCAGCUGCUUCAGGUCGUCAGGGUUGAUUGGGGAGUGUUUCGAUGGGAAGAUCUGGGCGAUUUCCGAGUGAACUUUGUCCUGGAUUAUCGGUAUGAAGCUGUUGAGGAUCUUCAGGUUGAACGUCGGAUUCAACGCCCUCCGUUGGAUCUUCCACUGUUGAUCUGCGGACAAACAGACGUUUCAAAUAUCACUUUGAACUCCAAGAAGCCCUCAUCAUCGCUCACGUCUAGCACUCAACAGUCCCUGCUCGAGCCCCGUAAAGCGGUAAAAGAAAGGCCUUUCCACGCAGCCUGGAUUGGUCAAAAUCUGCUGAAUCACGUCCGGAUGGCACGUCCCGAGAAGCUUCACCGGACCGUAGCUGAUCCGGAACAGCCGAUCGCUGUUGCGGAACAUUCCGACGACGGAUCCAAAGCGCUGAAUGUCAUCCUUCCUGAACACGGUCCAAAUGCUACUCCUACGGGCGAUCGAAAGUACACCAAACACACCACCAACAUCUACCAUAUCGCGUUCUUGACAUUCAACCGGGGGUUGCGACCCGGGGAGGGGCACGUGCCGGUUGGCGCUCCUCACUCAGUCCCGUACCCGAGUGUCUAUCGCGUCAAGAACAAGAUCAGGCUGCUGAUACCGGAGCGCACUGAUCGGGGAGAUCGGGUUUGUUCUAUACGAGAAGAAACAAUAAAAUCUCUCGCCACGCCACUGUCCGAACCAGUCCGUUCCAGGUCGAGUGUUACGUUACAAGUGUGUCCGGUUACGUGCCUGAACAUGGUCCUCGUGGAGCUUAUCCUGCUCCUGAUGGUAGCCGCCGGGUUGGGGCUGCUGUUGUAUCUGCGGAGUAAAUCUUUCGCCAGCCGGUUGCCACCAGUUCAGCCGUACCAUCCGGUGAUCGGAAAUGCACUACUCUUCGUGGGGAAGUCCGACGAGCAGCGGUUCGUGAAUAUUGCUCGAGCCUUUGCCCAUCCGGCUCGGUUGUUUAAAUUUAUGGUACUCGGGUAUCCGAUGCUGGUCACCAACGAGCCGGAAGUGGCGCAGAAAAUUCUCACCAGCACCGAGUGUCUUGAGAAGCCGUUCCUGUACGAUUUCUUCAAGCUGGACUAUGGACUGUUUGCGGCGCAUUACGACAUCUGGAAAGGCCAGCGCAAAUCGCUAAAUCCAACGUUCAAUCUGAAGAUCCUGCACGGUUUCAUCCCCCUGUUUGACAAGUGCGCCCAGGCUCUGGUGCGCAAGCUGGACACCUUUCCGGCCGGGGUGAGCCUCAACAUUACGGACUGCAUGCUGCGCUGUACGCUGGAGAUGGUGGUGGCCACGACCAUCGGGGUGGACAUCAACAAGAACCGCGGUGCCGAUCGGCUGAUGGCGUUGAUCCAGAAGGGCUUCCAUCUGGCGUCUAAACGGUUGGUGCGGAUCCACUGGUACAAGGAUUGGAUGUACCGGUUUACUAGUGAUUACCGGGAGGAUGUGAAGCUGCGAGCGGAGGCGUACACGUACGGGAAUGAGAUCCUACAAGAUGCUAUCGAUCGUAAAGCUCGGGAAGCCGCCGCACCGGAAGUAAGCGACCCGGAGUGUGAUGGCUACCGCAAGCCGCAGAUUUUCGUAGACCAGCUGCUGGAAGACCUGGAAGGUCGCAAAUUCGAAGACAUCGAAACCAUCCACAACGUUUACACGAUGAUUGUAGCGGGCAGUGACACUUCCGGCACGGAAAUGGGCUACGUGGCACUCUCGCUGGCACUCUACCAAGAUUUGCAGGAGAAAGUGUACCAGGAGAUCGUGACCGUCUUUCCCCCCGAUAGCGAAACAAAAUUCAGCCCGGAAUCGCUCAGACAGCUCCAGUACACGGAAAUGUUCCUCAAGGAGUGUCUGCGGCUGUUCCCGAUUGGGCCACACAUUGUGCGGCAGACCAAGCAGGACAUCGAGCUGGAAGGAGUUCGCGUCCCGCAGGGAAACAUUCUGAUCGUCAGCAUCUACAACAUCCACCGCCGGAAGGACAUCUGGGGCUCGGAUCCGGACCGGUUUGAUCCGGAGAACUUUUCGCCGGAACGGAGCGCUGGCAGGCAUCCAUUCGCUUUUAUUCCGUUCAGUGGAGGCACGAGGAAUUGUAUCGGAUCUCGCUACGCAAUGAUCAGUAUGAAGAUCAUUCUGGUGCAUUUGCUGCGAAACUUCAAGUUGAAGACGCACUGGAGCUUGGAGGAUCUGCGCUUCCGGUUUGAAGCACUGCUGAAGACUUCCAAAGAUCCCGAGGUGUACCUGGAGCGGCGGGAUGUGACAACGCUGGUUGGAGUGAACAGUAACGAUACUGCGUACACUAAUGGUAAUGCUUGUUUUGAAUAAAUUAUAUUUGAAACGUUGUUCUUUUAUUGUUCUUGAGUCAUCUUAAAAUGAUGUAAUACGAAGUUAAUAAAAAGUAGGUUCUUUAUGUAGAUCCCACUUUAUUUUACAUGG